CAAGGAGAGCUCUUAAACUGAGGUGCAGCUGUGGUUUGAGACCUUUGCUGUUGUGUAAUCAUGGGGUUUUCUUCUCUGAUAGGUAUGUACCAUUCCUGGUGUGGUUUAUAAACCCAGCUUCUGAAAAGGAGGGUCCUGUGGCUCAGCAAGUGGCCCUAGCAGGGAGGAUAUCCCUGGGGUGCACAUCCAAGGGGAGGAGACACUUGCAGGAGCAGCGAAGGGAUGCAAAGUUGUCUUCCAAGAUGACUCUUAUGCCUGGAGAAAAUUCCGACUAUGACUACAGUGCCCUGAGCUGUACUUCAGAUGCUUCCUUCAACCACACGUUCUUUCCAGAGUCUGAAACCCUCAAGGGAGUGUUUUACCAAAGAGCCAGGCUAAUCCACCCUCAGGAGGAUCUCCUCAAAGGCUUCCACCCCGACGACCGCAAGCGCCACAUAAUUAUUAACGUGGGGGGCAUCAAGUACCUGCUGCCCUGGACCACGCUGGAUGAGUUCCCCCUGACACGUUUGGGACAGCUCAAGUUCUGCACUAACUUUGACGACAUUCUGAACAUCUGUGACGAUUACGAUGUGACGUGCAAUGAAUUCUUCUUCGACCGCAACCCGGGCGCCUUCAGGACCAUCCUGACCUUCCUGCGGGUCGGCAAACUGCGGCUCCUGCGGGAGAUGUGCGCGCUGUCCUUCCAAGAGGAGCUGCUCUACUGGGGCAUUGAGGAAGACAACUUGGACUGGUGUUGUAAAAGGAGAUACCUGCAAAAAAUGGAGGAGCUCACAGAGAUUAAUGAACGGGAGGAUGACCUCCUAGAAAAUGAAACAACAGGUGAAACAGUAGAGGAGACAAAAAUUGGUUUGUGCAUGAAAAAGUUGCAAGACAUGGUGGAAAGGCCCCAGUCUGGCCUUCCUGGAAAGGUGUUUGCGUGUUUGUCUGUUUUGUUUGUAACUAUUACAGCAGUGAACUUAUCCAUCAGCACCAUGCCUGACCUGAGGGAGGAGGAGGAAAAGGGUGAGUGUUCCCAGAUGUGCUACAAUAUUUUCAUUGUGGAGUCCGUGUGUGUGGCAUGGUUCUCCCUGGAGUUCCUGCUCCGAUUCAUCCAGGCCAAGAGCAAGUUCUCGUUCCUGCGGAGGCCCCUGACUCUCAUAGACAUCAUCGCCAUCCUGCCCUACUACAUCACCCUGCUGGUGGACACGGGCUCCGAGGGCUCCAAGAAGCCCAGCUCGGGCAACAUCUACCUGGACAAGGUGGGGCUGGUGCUGCGGAUCCUGCGGGCGCUGCGCAUCCUGUACGUGAUGCGGCUGGCGCGGCACUCGCUGGGGCUGCAGACGCUGGGGCUGACGGCGCGGCGCUGCACGCGCGAGUUCGGGCUGCUGCUGCUCUUCCUGUGCGUGGCCAUCGCGCUCUUCGCUCCCCUGCUCUACGUCAUCGAGAACGAGAUGGCCGACUCGCAGGAGUUCACCAGCAUCCCCGCCUGCUACUGGUGGGCUGUCAUCACCAUGACCACCGUGGGUUACGGGGACAUGGUGCCCAGGAGCAUCCCCGGGCAGGUGGUGGCCCUGAGCAGCAUCCUGAGCGGAAUCCUCCUCAUGGCCUUCCCGGUCACCUCCAUCUUCCACACCUUCUCACGCUCCUACCUGGAGCUGAAGCAGGAACAGGAGAGGAUCAUGUACAGGAGAGCGCAGUUCCUGCUGAAAGCCAAGUCUCAGAUGAGCAACGAGUCACAAGGCAGCGAGGUUUUGUUCACCACUCUCUCCUCCGAGACUAGGGACAAUGAAUGAAAUUUAUCUUACUGUUUCUCUUGCUGUCGUUGCAUCAGAUUCCAUCUUUCAAUUUGCUCUGGAAGCACCUUACAAAGGUAAUCCUCAUAUUAAAAUGAAGAGAGCCUUCAUUUUAGAAGCCCUAACCAGGACUUGAUGUGGUUUAAGAAGUCUGUUAUUAUGCUGUUCCUUCCUCCCCCCCGUAUAAUGUAUAGGGCAGAACUUUCAAUGAGAUCAUGCAGUGGGAUUUAAGGAAUUAAAACUUCUCUGGCAAGAACAACAAAAAAAGAGCAACAUAUAAUUAUGCACUUGACAGGCUGUUUUGCCAUUUGUAAUACACAUUUUUCCAACCGAAUCACAAUGUACAUAAUCAUUAAACAGGCCACCAUUUUUCUUGUUCUUCUUGUAUAUAAAUAAUGUAAAUACAUCAGAAUUAAUGGCUGAAUUCUCUCCCAGUAACAACGCCUUAGAGCGUAAUGGAAGUAACCACAGAUGUUUGUCCCAUUGUGCUUUUAAAAAACAUCAAGUAAGAUUUGUCACUCACCACAGAACCAGCUCCUUCUUUGCAAGUCAGCCCUAACCACAGCAGAACAGAAGAAUCGAGCUGUUUAUGGCAUAACCUUGCUAAAGAUGUAAAUACUCAGAGCUCACCAGCUUCAAAAUUGAAUUGCUGUUACAGCAUUGAUCUGAUGCCAUCGAAUGCAACAUUCCAAGGAACAAAGC